AUGAUGGUGAACUAUAGGACUAGAACGGACAGCGCCGCUUCAAAUCAAGCUCUCACCUGGACCUGGCAGCCACAUCCAUGCUAUAUGGGAGUCCCAGCGGGGGCAGACACCCUCAUCCAGACCGUAUGGGAGUCCCAGCGGGGGCAGGCACCCUCAUCCAGACCAUAUGGGAGUCCCAGCGGGGGCAGACGCCCUCAUCCAGACCGUAUGGGAGUCCCAGCGGGGGCAGACUCCCUCAUCCAGACCGUAUGGGAGUCCCAGCGGGGGCAGACGCCUUCAUCCAGGCCGUAUGGGAGUCCCAGCGGGGGCAGACGCCUUCAUCCAGACCGUAUGGGAGUCCCAGCGGGGGCAGACGCCCUCAUCCAGACCGUAUGGGAGUCCCAGCUGGGGCAGACACCUUCAUCCAGGCCAUAUGGGAGUCCCAGCUGGGGCAGACACCCUCAUCCAGGCCGUAUGGGAGUCCCGCUUGGGGCAGACGCCCUCAUCCAGGCCAUAUGGGAGUCCCGCUUGGGGCAGACGCCCUCAUCCAGACCGUAUGGGAGUCCCAGCGGGGGCAGACGCCCUCAUCCAGACCGUAUGGGAGUCCCAGCGGGGGCAGACGCCCUCAUCCAGACCGUAUGGGAGUCCCAGCUGGGGCAGACGCCCUCAUCCAGACCGUAUGGGAGUCCCAGCGGGGGCAGACGCCCUCAUCCAGGCCGUAUGGGAGUCCCAGCUGGGGCAGACGCCCUCAUCCAGGCCGUAUGGGAGUCCCAGCUGGGGCAGACGCCCUCAUCCAGACCGUAUGGGAGUCCCAGCGGGGGCAGACGCCCUCAUCCAGACCGUAUGGGAGUCCCAGCUGGGGCAGACGCCUUCAUCCAGGCCGUAUGGGAGUCCCAGCUGGGGCAGACGCCUUCAUCCAGGCCAUAUGGGAGUCCCGCUUGGGGCAGAUGCCUUCAUCCAGGCCAUAUGGGAGUCCCGCUUGGGGCAGAUGCCUUCAUCCAGGCCGUAUGGGAGGCGUAUGACGCUUCAUCACCUUUUCUUGCUCUAUAUGGCACAUCACACCAUCAGCAGUUGCCCCUCACUGCAACCCCCUGACUCGAUAAGAACCCUUCCCUUCCCAGAGCUGCAUAGAAGACUGUCAGGUGCCAAUAUCAAAUCACUUAUUUCUGAUUUCCAUAAAACAUGAAUCACAGAAGCCAGGAUCAUGUACGGCUUCGCUCAAUGCAGAAUGUAUAACGAGUCACAGAAAGCACUUGAUAUGCUUAUAAUCAUAUUGCCCUGCUUGCACUAUUUUAUUCCAUUAUUCUGUUAUUUUAUUUCUACUUAUGUUUUGCUUAAUUCAUGUUCUUUGCUCUUAUAUGUAAAUGCAUCAAUACCUCCAAAACAAAUUCCUAGUUCUUGCAGUUGUACCUGGCCAAUAAAUCAACUCUGAUUCUGAUUCUUGAA